AAUGCUUUAUAUAUUGACCUUAACUUAGUUGCUAUUUUUAGUAGUUACUUAGGAUCCUGUUGAUAAACUAUUUGAGUUUUAGUAGCUUAUGAAAUAAAAAACCAAAGUCCCAAGUAAUCGUUUUUGAACUAUUACUUAGAAUAGAAAAUUAGUGAAUAUGAUAGUUCAGACAUAUUCAGUGAAGGAUAUAUUACAGUAAGUGAGUUAUCUGAAGAAGAUGAGUAUUAAUAAUAUGAUGAAAUAUCAUAAUAUGAUAUGGUGGAUGAAUCAGAUGAUAAUGAUGAAAUGAUGAUAUAAUAAUAAAAAGAAUAAUAAAGAAUAGAAUUAUAGAAAAUUGAAUAAUAAAAGAUUGAAUAAUAGAGAAUUGAAUAAUAAAGAUAGGAAUAAUUAAAAUUGGAAUAAUAAAGAUAGGAAUAGUUAAGAUUAGAAUAAUAAAUUAAAGAAUAAUAAUUAAUGGAAUUAUAGAAAUUAGAAAGAUUAAAAUUAGAAUAACAAGCAUAAAUAUUAGAAAAUGAAAAGAAAAAAAAGUAAAUUAUUGAAAUUCCAGAAUAAUGGAGUGAUGAUGAUGAUGAUAAUUAAAUUAUAUAGGUUACUAAAUAAUAAAAGAAAAGGAAACAAAAGAAACCAGAAUUUGAUGAUAAUUAAAUAUUAGAAGUCUUAAACACUGCUAAGAAAACAAAAGUUUAAUCUCUUGAAGAUUUUGAAGAAAUGGAAAAGAAAAUUGUAAAAAAGAAAAAAAAGAAAGAGUCGAUUCCAGAAGAUGAAUUUGUGUAGAAAGUACCUGCAUAAAACUAAACCUUUAUUCAUUUUAAUAAUAAGAAUAAUUAUUUAGAAUUAGCACCUUGUAGCAAUAAUCCUAUUUAAUAAAGAGCAUGUAGUUUAUGUAAAAGUGAAGUUGGAUACUAAUUAGAUGAUGAUAAUUGGUAUAUGAUUGGUUUAUAACAUGGAUACAAAAAGGAAUUUCUUUUAUUGAUAGAAAUAACUAAAUAAUCAUUUGGAGAUAGUCAAUUGUAUUUGAGUUUCUCAUCUAAUGGAUCUGCUUGUAUGACUAGUGAUACUCUUAAAUAAGAUAUUGAUGUUGAAAAUGUUUUAUAAAGAUUUUCAGGUAGAUCAUGGAGACAUUUUAUAAAAAAUGAAUUGUUUGCUCUUCCAUAAAAGUUAGAGGGCAGAAGUUUUUAAUUCAAAGCAAUCUAUCAAAACAAAUAAUUUACAUUUUCUGAUUUUGAAAUCAAAUUUACAUCCAAUCUAAUUCAAGAAUUAAAGUCUUUAUCUAAUUAAGAAGUUACUAUUAGAACUAAUACUAUAGAAUUUAUUGGAGAAUAAGUAUAAAUAUAUUUAAUUAAAUAGUUGUAAUGCACAUUAACAGGAUUGAUGAAAUAAUAAAAUGAUGAAUUACCAUUCUCAUUAAAAUUUAAGAAUGGUGAAGCAACAUCAGAACUUCUUAUUCCAAAUUGUUAAAUUCCAUUACACAAUGAAAUCUUGUAUGGUGUUUCAGAUUUAUAUUUUGGAGAGUACUUUAAAGAGACUUUACAAUAAAAAUUGAAAGGAAACUUUAGAGGAGAUUUUAAUGCCACGACUUCAUUUGAGAAUGGUAAAUUAAAAGUGAGAUUGGCAAUGAAGAAAUUUAAUAAAUGA